AUGAGUUACCUGUCAGGCGGUUGUGACGAUAGCGAUAAGGUUUUGAAUAAAAUAAUCCGUUGCAAAUUUCGUAGAUUUCCUCAGGUUCCAGCCGAUCGGAAGCAAUGGUACACUGCAAUCAAACGCUACAUAAGAAAGGGCCGUCCAUGCCAGCCGCGGGAAUUCGACCAACUGUGCUCCCUGCACUUCAAACCGUCGGAUUUCAUCGGAACGGAUCUAAUCGAGGGUUCGAUUCCGUGCGUAUUUUCUCCUCUCAGCACCGCGGACCUGUGGAAGUUGAACCGAAAGAGGGCUCAGGCCCGGUGCUGCGUUCCCAGCUGCGAUACGUCCUCCCACUAUAACUUGUACCCGUUUGUUCCGGCACACGACGCAACCGAAGCCAGGUUGGCCAGAAAGCGGUACCAACUGUGGGUGCGGACACUGCAGGUGGCGCCUUGCCGAACCAGGCCGGAAGUGUGGAUUUGUCGGCGACACUUCGUUUACGGAUUUCCCGCCAAACUGAGCGACUUCCUCGACGUUGACUGGGUUCCGACGCUGCAUUUGGAGGGAAUUCCUCCGAAUCCCUGUCGGGAGUGCUCGGUUGUUUUGGAGAACCUUCCGGCCCAGGAAGAUCGUGAUCGAGCGCCAAACUUGGACACUCCGUUCUGUCGACUUUGCCUCAAGCAAAACGUCCCCCUGCAGUCGAUGUUCCUGGACAGCAGCGCGGGUCAGCGACUGGCCGAAUUGAUAAGGCAGUUCGUGAACAUCACGGUUGACCUGCGGCACGACUCCGACAGCUCCGUUUGCAUCGAGUGUCUGAAGAAGCUGGCCCAAAUGGAGGAAAUGGUCCAGGUCAGAGCGCGCUGGAACGCCAACAAUAAACUGCUGGAACGGCUUCGUGAGAACAACAAUCAGCCGGAAGAAACUGUCAUCAAGGAAGAUUCGCACAUCCAGGAAAUGGACUCACUGCCUGUAGUAUCAAUCCCACUGGACACGCUGUUCAACAGUAUCUUCGACCCACCAAAGGAAGAAACCCUUCCGUACGAAGACUUCAAGGAAGAUCUCGAGCAACACAAUCCUGCCGAAAUUUCACAAGACUGCCUGGUCGUAGACCCGCCCGCUAUCGAAACCGUCGACCUAACCGAAAUCGACGAACGCGAACGCCUUAUCCGGCAGGCCAUGCGCACUCUCCGCAAGCAACUCAAACCACGCAAACGAAAACGCUCCAAAACCAGCCAGAACACAUCAAGCGAACCACCGCGUCGUAAGCCCUGCCGGAACACGCGAAUCGGAUAA